GUCCAUCGUUCUUAUCAGUUUAGUUUCUUCGUUUUUUCUGUUACAAAAAUGGAUUAAAUUUGUAGUUUUUACCUUUUUAAGUACCCAUAGUAGUAGACAUCAUGCCACCCACGGAGACCCUGCGUCCAGGGGAACGCGGAGGAGCCGGAGGUUCAGGGACAGGAACAGGAGGACCUGAACAAACCUACAUCAUCAGGCAGAGCAACAAAUACUAUGAACACCGUGAUUUCCAGUCUACUGCCAUGUCGGUUGACUACACUGGCCAAUGGGUGCUCCUUGCCGGUCGCGGCCACUUGGCGUUGCAACGAUUGGGACAGGAUGAUGGAUCCCUGCGACGCCACGAACGCCAGUCGAAGUACGAGGUCUCUGUGGCGGAAUUUGCCAUAUGUCCCAGUCGAAAAGAGUACUGCGCCAUAGCGACCAGUCAGCACAUAGACAUUGUGCGUUGGGGAACUGCAGAACCCCACUACGAGAUGUCCUUGCGGGGACACACGCGCACAGUGACCGACAUCGACUGGCAUGGCAAGGAUCCCAACCUGCUGGUCAGUUGCUCCAUAGACACCUUCUCGCACAUCUGGGACUUAAGGGAACCGCGAAAACCAUCGGUGUCCUUAAAUGCAGUCUGCAUGUCUGGUGCCACCCAAGUGGGCUUCAAUCGCGUUUCGGGCAACCUUUUGGCUGCCGCUCACGAUGGAGAUUUGCGGAUCUGGGACAUGCGUAAGGGCAGCUGCCCCACGCACUACAUCACAGCACAUUUAAAUCGAGUUCACGGCAUCAACUGGAGCCACAAAAGGGAAACCUGUUUGGCCACCGCUAGUCAGGAUGGAACGGUUAAGUACUUCGAUGUGUGCAAUCCUCGCAGGGCCGAGAAGAUCAUCACUACUAUGUCACCCGUGUGGAGAGCUAGAUACACGCCCAUUGGUAACGGUCUGGUUAGCAUUGUGGUGCCUCAUUUGGGUCGUGGCGAGAACAGCUUGCUGCUCUGGAGCAACAGCAAGCAAACGGAUCCCAUUUGCUCCUUUGUGGGUCACACUGAUGUCAUUCUGGACUUUGCUUGGCGUCCAAAUCGAGAGAGUUCCACGGAAAUAGAACUGGUGACCUGGUCAAGAGAUCGCACACUGAGGGUGUGGAAAAUCGACGAUAAUAUGCUGAAGCUGUGCGAGCCUUCGGCAGAGGAAGAGGAAUCUCGCUUUGAACCAGACUUUAGUGAACUACGAGUUCCAACUCCGCCGGAGUUCCUUCAUCCACGUUCCAUUUUGGUGGCAGCUUCUUUGCCAAUUUCUACGGGUGACGGAGCUUGCAACACGUUGCCCAUGGCACGCUCUCCCAGCUUUGGAGGUGGUUAUUAUCGCCGAGAGGAGCCCCAUAUCGCCAGAUCUCUGACAGAUCAGCCCACGUGUUCUUUGCACCACGAGUUCUCGCUACUCAACACGAACAUGCCUCAUGUGGAGGUGGACACGUUGGAUGCCAUCAAGCGGUAUGCCUGUUUCAAGAUUUGCGCCGGUGGACACACAGUUAUUCUGCAGGUGACCUUCGCAACUUCGUAUCCUAGUCCCAGUGCUCCGCCAGACUUCCAGCUUUGCCAAGGCACCACGCUGCCCAGCGAGGUGAGUGGAGUACUGCUAAAGGUGCUCCGUUGCAAUGCCCUGCAGCGCGUCAAGAAAUCACGAACGUGCUUGGAGCAAUGUCUACGCGCCCUGGUGGCGGCCAUGAAGAAAAAGGUGGCAGCUGUUGGUGGAGCGGAUAGAAGCCAGUUGCUUCUGCAAUCCCCUCGGUUGGAAGGAGCUCUGUCCAGCACCCUGCACGAUGCCUGCAUUCCAUACCCACGAACGUCGGGGGUGCACUUCAACGCCAUUGGUAUGCUGACCACAUUCGCUCAGCCGGUGAACAACAAACGGCUAACCUUGCGGCAGCACACAGCCUUAACUCCGAGGACUUUCUCGGCUAUUAAUGGUAGUGGUUUGCUGGGCAAUGUGAUGGCCACUGCUCAGCGGGAUGCAAAUGCCUCAUUCUAUCUCCAGGAGAGGAUGAUUUCAGGGAAACCUGGCAAACAGCGAGCCAUCCGGCAGAUGAAUGGAAGUCCGGUAGUUCACGUAUACGACACAAGUAGUCUUCUCCACAUCAGUCGCAGCAUGGCCAGGGAGUUCUCGCUGGACAAGCACAACAUAGCGGAGACGUGUCGCAAAAAUGGAGAGAUCUGUCGCCAGCAUGGGCGUGCGGAUUUGGUGCCCGUGUGGCUCUUGGCUGAACUUAUAGCCACACCACAAGUCCCGCAUGAGACGCUUAAUGAGUUGUUGUUUUACAAGGAUCCCUUUAAGAAAUGCCUGCUGGAAUCUCUGAUUAUGCAUUAUGCCAGUUCCGGUGACAUACAGACUGCUGUCCUGCUGGUUUGUUUGUUUGACAAAUGUCCCACAGGCGGAAGUGCUAUCAUGGAGGUGGCCAGUCGUCUUCCGCCGCAACUGAGCUCUCAGAUUUCCCCGUAUCAUACGGUGCUACCACUCGACGUCAAAUCUUCGUCUUCAUCCAACACUUGGCAGCAGCUGAAGCAACUACGUAGCAACUCAUGGUCGGAUUCUUUGGAUUUGGAGGUGAAGCACAACCAGUCGGAUUCUUACGCUUGUUCUUUAAUUCGACGCGCCAAGAUGCCACUGUUCGAUCAGUUCAAGCGUGCCUACGCCGAAGUUUUGUUUGGUUGGCAGUUGCUUUCGAAGCGGGCUUUGAUUCUCAAGCAUACUCAGAACAUGCCACCUCCUGUCCAGGGUGUGGAGUUCGUAACAGAGUGCGGUACGUGUGCCAAGCCCAAGAGGACGCCGAAAUGCGAGCCCUGCAAGCGACCCGUACUCUUCUGUGUGCUGUGCCGUUUGCCCGUAAAAGGAGCAGCCAACGCCUGCCUAGCUUGUGGUCAUGGCGGUCAUAUGAACCACAUGAUGCAGUGGUUUGAGAAACACGAAGUUUGUGCUACUUGUGGAUGCAAGUGCUUGGAGCGCACAUCGGAACUUCUAGCCUUGCUCAGCUGAUCUGGAUCUUGACUGUUGAGUGGUCCUCUCAGCUCUAAAAAUGCUAAACUUUUUUUCAUGUCUGUGGAUAUCAACAUAAUUAGGUGUUUUUUAGUCGUUAAGCAAAAGAUUUUUGUACGAUUUGCAUACCAUUAAGAAAUAUAUGACCAUUUAUCAGCUAA